GUUUGAUUUAUUUUCGUAUAAAAAUGGCGGGUUUUGAGGAUAUGGCAUCAUUCCAAGAAGUCCUUUAGAUCUCUUACAACAUGAAGGUCCUCAUUGCUGUCGUCUUCGCCAUCGGCUCCGUGUCAGCCCUGGGUUCCGGACCCUACCUGCCCAGUGGAUGGAGGCCUAGUGGUCCCAGCUUUUAUUUACCUUCGGAAGUUGCGAAGCCAGCUGACAGUCCUCUCAAAGAGAACCUGCUCCAGGAAACCGAAGCCUCAGGGUCUGAUGCUCUCAGGGAGUACGGACCUCCCAAACUGGAGGUAGUACAAUACAGCGUCAACCAGGGCCUGCCUGAUGUGGCUACUGAACAGACCUUCUUUGUCCAGUCUCUGGCUACCCAGGAGUUGCAGUCGGCUGUCCAGGAAGCUGUUCAGGUUGAAGCAAACACAGAGCAAGCCGCCGCCCUCGUAGAAGAGGUUUCAUCCACCACCGAGGCUCAAUCAGCCGAACUAUCAGCUCAGGAACAAGCUACUGAGGUUCUCUCCGAAGCCCAACCUACCUUGGAAGCAAACCCACUUGACGUUGCAGCAGAAAUCGUAGAACAGACCUCAGAAGCUGUACAGGUUGAUGAAGCCACAGAGGCUUUAGUUCAAGAAGAAAUUGCUGCACCCACAGCCGCUGCUGCCCAAGAGGACAGCGAAGUUUCCACAUCUGUGGCACAAGAAGAAGUGGUUGUACCAACUGCUUUAGUUGUUGAGGCUGUUGAAGAAGUUGUGCCAACUGCCUUAGUUCAGGAAGAGAUUGUACCUACUGUGGUUGAGCAGUUGGUUGUUGAGAAGGUGGCUGCUGGAGUGAAUAACAUCGCUGAGGCUUUGGUUAAUUUGGAGAAGGAAGUUAAAGCUGCUGAGGCUCUUGAAUCUGCUGUGGAAAUCAAGCAGGAGAUUUCUGGAUCUGUGCAACAAGCUCCCGAAGGUUUCUUGGAGUACGGACCCCCCGGCUUCAGGGAGUACGGACCCCCCAAGCCAGAAGACAUCGCCAGGUCUGCUGCUGUAGAGGUUGCUCCUACCAGUGCUUUCGAGAACAACGAAGUUAGAAGGAGGCGUUUCUCCCCGAAACUCAAGGCACACAAGAGGCACUAAGAUUAUGAGCUGAAAAAAAACUGGAAACAUUGAACGAGCUAGAAAAAUGGACUUCGAGGAAUCUGUCUUAUAAAUAUGUAAAGAAGCAAUUUAAAAUGAACUUUAACCAUUGAAGUUUGAAUGAAACUUUCGUACUAUUUUUAGAUUCCUAGUACUUCAUGGCUAUGGGCCCUAUAUUCUUCCUUUUAAAAACUAUGCAAAGUUUAAACUUCAAUGGUUAAAGUUAAUAAAUAAUAACAGUGAUGGUUUAAUUUUUAAUGAUGAAAAAAAAGAAAAAAAAAUCUUUCGAAUAGUAUCUUAUGAUGAUAAAUAAAUGGAUUGAAUUAUA